ACAUUAUUCGUCAGUGGUCUACCAAUGGACGCUAAGCCAAGAGAACUUUACCUGUUAUUUCGGGCAUACAAGGGGUAUGAAGGAUCACUCUUAAAAGUCACAAGCAAAAACGGGAAAACAUCAUCGCCAGUUGGUUUCGUAACUUUCACGACGAGGGCCGGUGCAGAAGCAGCCAAGCAAGAUUUGCAGCAAGGUGUUCGCUUCGACCCUGACUUGCCUCAGACGAUUCGACUGGAGUUCGCAAAGAGCAACACAAAGGUUAGCAAACCGAAACAGCAGUCACCUCCUGCCGCCGCUACGCACCCUACACUCCUGCACCCUCUGGCCGGACCAGAAAUUGGAGCGGCGUUAUUACCAGCCACUCAUGAGGGUUGGCCCCACUUAUCUUUGUCCUAUGCAGAAGUGCCCGUGUCCACGGCCCUACAUACAGCGGCGCUCAUGCACCCUGCCUUACAUGCACAGCUACCGCAUGAUUGGGAAUUAUCGUUUCAGCCACCACUGACGAUGCCCCACCCGUUAUCUCAUGCUGCCCUAGCCGGUAGCGCCGCAAUACAUGCGACGCUACCUCCACCCCAUUUGGUGGCCAGUCCAGCACUAGCAAGUCCAGUGGGGUCUACCUCUUCUGCAUCAGGCACCCUGCCGUGUUCCACACUGUUUGUGGCCAAUCUAGGACAAUUCGUUUCCGAGCAAGAACUUAAAGACCUUUUUGGAAGCUUUCCGGGGUUUUGUCGUUUGCGUAUGCAUAACAAAGGUGGGGCUCCAGUGGCAUUUGUGGAAUAUCAGGAUAUUCGUUUGGCUACGCAUGCGCUUCAAGCUCUGCAGGGGUAUGUGCUCUUCUCCUCUGACAGGGGUGGUAUUCGGAUAGAAUAUGCAAAGAAUAAAAUGGGUGAAGUGAACUGUCAGAUGGUAAAUUCUCUCCUCACCCAAAACGGAAAUUGUAUACAACAGAAUGGAGUAAACUGAAGGUAGCUAAGAAAUGAAGAGAGAAGGCAAUCUUUCCUGAAUUCCCUGAAUUUAACAGGGUGGUGUCUAAACAAAAGGAAGUAUAUAUCAACUAAGUUUGAAUAAUUUUCAGUAUUUUUUUUAAUAUUUUCUAUUCGUUGUUUAUCAUUUCGGUUUAAAACAGAUCGUUGGUGUUUUUACCAUUGACAUAACCGUUUACAACGCAUUUGUUACGUUGAUCACUGUUAAACUGUUCUAAAAGAUAUGCUUACUGUGUAAUGCAAACAUCAAUGCCUGUGUAAAAUAUGAUAUUCUGUAUUUCAUUUGAAAAGAGUAAAAUCUGCCCCCCCCUUCCAAAAGAAAACUACUGAACGUUAUACGAACUUAUUUUCUAUUCAUAUAAUUGUUCUUUCAAGCUGCUUUUGGACGUCUGAAAUUAGAAAAUGUAUUUAAAAUUAUUAUAGAUAAUUGAAUUAAUAUAUAAUUAUGUAUAAUGUCGAUAUGUUGACUUGAUAAUUUGUUAAAAAUGUGUUACCAUAUUUUAAAAUAAAAUUAGUUUUAUACAUUUCAAAGUGUGUUGAAAGUAUCAAAAUUUGAAAUUUUACCAAACACAGAAAAAUCCUUUUGCAUCCUACGAUCAUUGAAAAACUGAGAAAAAUGGCAAUUGCACAACUAUUGCUGUCACCAAAUUACUUAAAACCCAAUUCAGAAGUGGUUUCAUUUAUCUAUAUUUCCUUUUAAAAUUGCAGUUGUUCCAUUACUUGUAAGCAUUUCAAUGUGUCAUUACCCAGUAUUAUUUCCAACCGUAAUUUAAUCACAAAAUUUUCUUAAAAAUUACUUUCCGUUCUAUAAUAUUGGAAGUCAGUAUCCAAACAAUAGCUCUAAGUGCAUAUAUUUCAUUGAUUUUACAUUUUAAGCAACAGCACUGAGAAACUUAGUAGAAGCUAUUUAAAGCGAUAAAUUUAAAAGCAAGAAUUUUAGUUUUAACGUAGAUUCUGGUUUGAUUUAAAAUUAAAUAAGUAGAAAAAUAAUAAAUUUUCAUAGCCAAAGUAAAUAUUUCAUAUGCCGUGUCCUUAAUAAAUAUGUAAAGAUUUACACCUAAUAUCUUGCAAACCGAAUAUAUGGAAAUAAGCAAGUCUAUUGAUAUUGGAAAUAAAAUAUUAAUAUUAAUAGGUAUAUUAAUAAUUUUCUCAGGUACAUUUUUUCUAAAAAUGCUAAACGCGAAAUCUAGAAGAAUUUCUUACAUUUUAUUUGAUAGUGCUAGUGCAACAAUACCUGCACAUCCGCUUAAUAUUAUACAUCAUAUAUUUCUCAGCUAACAUACAAGGUACUGAAUGCUGAAAAAACCGCAUUUACAUUUGUUUGAUCAAAAAUGAUGGUCUAGUUUAGUUCGUUUUUUAUAUGAUAGAUUACGGUUUGGAAAAUUAACUGCUUUGAUGAAGCGUACCUAGCCUUUUGUACCGCGUGGGUUGUAAAUUCGUGGAAUGUUACACACAGAGUGCCUUAAUUUGUAUUCACACCACACUGGUGUUUAGAAAACGUGAUAACGUAAACGUUUCUCUAGAUGUUGUUGAAACUAUUUCAUCAGUCUCAUCUAUGCUGAUUGUGAUAUUGAACAAGCAACAUUUGCAAAAUAACUAAUCGUUGUAUUUCCUUUUUUUCCACUCUUUUUCAUCGAUACGUUUUCGUGAAGUGACACAUUUUGAAAAUAAUAUGACUUUUAUCUUGUAUUUGUAUAUUCAUCUUCUUUCGGAUAUUUCAGGACUUGAGUUUUUCAUCAUUGUAUUGAUUUUCCAUUUCACAUAGUGUUUUAGAAAUAUAAGCUACACUCGAAAUAAGCUUUAAAUUGUAAUGUAAUAAUACAGAUUAAUUUUUUUAAAAAGUAUUGAAAAAUUAUUAAGAGAAAAUAAGCAUUUUUAAAAAUGGUUUUACAAU